GGCGCGGCGCAUGCGCCGCAGACGCAAAGCAUUGUGGGCAACGCAGUUCUACUCAUCGACAACGCCGUGUUACAAAAGCCCAAACACUGGCGGGCGCGUGUCGGUAUUGUCUGCAGACGUGUGUUGCAGUCAGCGUCUCGCUGUGUGGUGGUUCACACUGAGAGUGAAGUUAGUUUUCCGGCUACACGCUGAUAGAAGAACAUCUGGAUUCAUCCGCUGCAUGUUCUACAGCUGGAGAUCUUCCUCUGCACCAAGGCGACUCCUGACGCUCAGAAACCAGAGAUCACCAACUCCUCUUCUCUUCACCUGUUCGUUCACCAGUGUUUGCACCAUGUCAGAUAAGAAACGGAAGGCCGCUCCUGCCAGUAAAGGGCCCGCAUCCAAGCAGCAGAAGGUGGUCCCCAUGAAGCAGGAGGAGAAGCAGCAGCAGCAGAAGCCUGAGGGCUGGCUGCAGGACCUGCUCAUGAAGCAGAGGUCAAGGGUGAAGGGGGCUAAUUUCAACAAGAAGCGUCUUCGAUUUAUAUCUGACACUGAGAAUAUGAAGCAGGACUCAGAGGGAGUCCUGUACUGGAUGUCUAGAGACCAAAGAAUACAAGAUAACUGGGCUCUGAUCCACGCACAGAAACUUGCUGUGAAGAAAAACCUUCCUCUGCAUGUUUGCUUCUGCUUGUUCGUCCCAAAGUCAGAACUGUCUACUCUGAGGCAUUACAGCUUCCUGCUGAACGGACUGAAAGAAGUCGCAGAGGAAUGUAAAGCCUUAGACAUCCAGUUCCACCUACUCCACGGUGCAGCAGGGGACGUUCUCCCCGGGUUUGUGUCUGACCGCAGCCUGGGGGCGGUGGUGACAGACUUCUCCCCUCUCAGAGAACCUCAAGAGUGGUUAGAGGACAUCAAAAAGAAGCUUCCAAAGGACAUCCUCUUCAAACAGGUUGACGCCCAUAACGUUGUUCCCUGCUGGGAAGCAUCACCUAAACAGGAAUACUCCGCCAGGACGAUCAGAGGAAAAAUCACCAAACUUCUGCCUGAUUUCCUCACUGAUUUCCCUCCGGUAGAGAAACAUCCCGUCACUGCUACAAGAACUGCUAAACCAAUAAAGUGGGAGAAAACUCUGGCCUCGCUGUCGGUUGACAGAGAGGUCGGGGAGCCGGAGUGGGCCAAGCCUGGCACCAAGGCGGGGUUGGCCAUGUUGGAGUCCUUCAUUGAUGUACGCCUCAAAGUGUAUGACAACCAACGCAACGACCCAAAUGUCAACGCCCUCAGCCAGCUCUCCCCCUGGCUCCGCUUCGGCCACAUCUCGGCUCAGCGCGUGGCGUUGCAGGUUGAGAGCAGUGGGAAAAAGGCAGGUCAGAACAUCUCCUCCUUCAUCGAGGAGCUGGUGGUGCGUAGGGAGCUGACGGACAACUUCUGCUUCUACAACAAGAAAUAUGACAGGGUGGAGGGUGCAUAUGAAUGGGCUCAGAAGACCUUGAAGGACCACGCAAAAGACGAGAGGCCGUAUUUCUACACACGGGAGCAGCUGGAGAAAGCACAGACACACGACAAACUCUGGAAUGGAGCUCAGUACCAGAUGGUCACUGAAGGGAAGAUGCAUGGAUUCUUGAGGAUGUACUGGGCCAAAAAGAUUCUGGAGUGGACAUCGUCACCAGAGGAGGCGCUCUCUAUCGCCCUUUAUCUAAAUGAUCGCUAUGAGCUGGAUGGCCAGGACCCUAAUGGUUUUGUUGGGUGUAUGUGGUCUAUCUGUGGCAUCCACGACCAGGGCUGGGCAGAGAGACCUGUUUUCGGAAAGAUCCGCUACAUGAACUACAAAGGCUGCCUCAGGAAGUUUGACGUCCUCAAGUUUGAGAAAAAGUACUGUCCUAAAAACCUGUGAACUUAACUCUAUUGGAGAAAGGGAAGAAAACACAGGAGUUGGUCAACGUCUACACCAGCAUCUCUAGUGGCAGAUUUUAUCUUGUCGUUCACUGCUACAAGUCUAAAAUAUUAAGUUUAUUAUCAUAAUGUUCUAUCAUUACUGUAACUGUUCUCUGGUGUUUGACUGCACCUCAGGUGAUUUGUGGUGCAGAAAGAUGUUUUUACCUUGUCAUUAUGUUACAUAUUUACAACAGCUUCUACUUUUGAUUUUUAAAGAAGUUGCCUUGUUUGGGAACACUGUGUUCCUUUUUUUUUUAAGAACUUUCAACAAAUAUAAAGUCAUAAACCGUUUUCUCUUCAGCAAA